AUGGCGCAGGGACAAUGGGCAGAGAUUUUGGUCCACACUGACCGAGUGACCAAGACCGUCAAAGGCGGCAUGGAGAUCCAGUACAGGGCCCUGGUGACCGUGGGCAACCUCCAUGGUGUCGGGGGAUUCGCGAUUGGCAAGGCAGACACCCCCGCCGUGGCCAUCACCGAAGCCAGCCGAAAAGCGAAGUUGCUGCACAACCUCGUGUACGUGGAACGGUAUAAGCAGGCGUCUCUGUGCCAGGACCUUGUGGGGAAGCACAACGGAAGCAAGGUGUACAUCUGGUCGAGGCCACCAGGGUCUGGCAUGAGAGCGGGCAAGCUGUCGCGGGACAUCUUGUACAAUAUGGGCAUCACGGAUGGCGCGGCCGCCAGUCUUUGCCAAGGCGACAAUAUGGCUAGUUUCGUGAUCGAGAGCAUACAAUUGGUGUGCUCUGUAUGUCCGUUGUUGUAG